AUGAUUAUUGCGGUGAUGUGUGAGGUGUGGGAACAGCGGCAGCAUACACCCAUCACUGAGACACUCAGAAGAUGGGGAAUUGAAAAACAAAAGAAACUGACUUUGGAAGAGAGUGCAAGAGGGAAAGCGGUGCAGAGAGAGAGAGAGAGAAGGGUUGGAGAAGAAGGAAAGAGGGUUUCGUUUUCUUGCGUGUUCCUAGAAGAAGAGGGAAUCGUGUGUGUUUAUAUCGCGCACAUGGACCGAGACGGAGAUGAUGAUGACGGUGGUGGAGGAGAGUGGUGCUUUACCAUGAUGCCCUUGCGACGUUAA